CGCGUGGGCUGUUAAGGGCAGACUGGGGAGCACGGGGGCCGCGGCCAUGAACUCACCCGUGGACCCCGGCGCUAGGCAGGCGCUGAAGAAGAAGCCGCCUGAGCGGACCCCCGAGGACUUAAAUACAAUUUAUUCUUAUCUUCACGGAAUGGAAAUAUUAUCAAAUCUCAGGGAACAUCAGCUUAGAUUAAUGUCUGCAAGAGCACGCUAUGAGAGAUACAGUGGCAAUCAGAUUCUUUUUUGUUCAGAAACUAUUGCCAGAUGUUGGUAUAUCCUGCUUUCUGGAUCUGUGCUUGUGAAAGACUCCAUGGUCUUACCUCCUUGCAGUUUUGGUAAGCAGUUUGGAGGAAAAAGAGGAUGUGAUUGUCUUGUAUUAGAGCCUUCAGAAAUGAUUGUGGUAGAGAAUUCCAAAGAUAAUGAAGAUAGUAUUCUACAAAGAGAAAUUCCUGCCAGACAGUCUCGACGAAGGUUUCGGAAAAUCAACUGUAAAGGAGAGCGCCAAACCAUUACUGAUGAUGUAGACAUUAACAGCUAUCUUUCUCUUCCAGCUGAUCUUACCAAGAUGCACCUCACAGACAACCCUCAUCCACAGGCGCCGCAUGUGUCUUCUAGUCAGUCUGGUUGUAGCAUUGCCAGUGACUCUGGGAGCAGCAGUUUAUCUGAUAUAUAUCAGGCUACAGAAAGUGAGGUAGGAGAUGUAGAUUUAACACGUCUUCCAGAAGGACCUGUUGAUUCUGAAGAUGAAGAAGAGGAAGAUGAAGAGAUUGAUCGAACAGAUCCAUUGCAGGGGCGAGAUCUUGUUCGAGAAUGUCUUGAAAAAGAACCUGCAGACAAAACUGAUGAUGAUAUUGAGCAAUUACUGGAGUUUAUGCAUCAACUCCCUGCUUUUGCAAACAUGACCAUGUCUGUAAGGAGAGAACUCUGCUCAGUGAUGAUUUUUGAAGUGGUAGAGCAAGCUGGAGCUAUUAUUCUUGAAGAUGGGCAAGAGCUUGAUUCAUGGUAUGUUAUUUUAAAUGGCACUGUAGAAAUCAGUCAUCCUGAUGGAAAAGUCGAAAAUCUCUUUAUGGGAAAUAGUUUUGGAAUUACUCCCACUCUGGAUAAGCAGCACAUGCAUGGAGUUGUCAGGACUAAAGUAGAUGAUUGUCAGUUUGUCUGCAUAGCCCAGCAGGAUUAUUGGAGAAUUUUAAAUCAUGUGGAAAAAAAUACCCAUAAAGUUGAGGAAGAGGGAGAAAUUGUUAUGGUGCAUGAGCACCGUGAACUAGACCGGAGCGGAACCAGGAAAGGACACAUUGUAAUCAAGGCAACACCUGAGCGUCUCAUCAUGCACUUAAUAGAAGAACAUUCCAUUGUAGACCCAACUUAUAUAGAAGAUUUCCUGUUAACUUAUAGGACAUUUCUUGGAAGUCCUCUGGAUGUUGGAAUCAAACUGUUGGAAUGGUUUAAGAUUGACAGCUUAAGGGAUAAGGUGACACGAAUUGUAUUAUUAUGGGUAAAUAAUCAUUUUAAUGAUUUUGAAGGUGAUCCUGCUAUGACUCGAUUUCUAGAAGAAUUUGAGAAAAACCUGGAAGAUACAAAAAUGAAUGGUCAUCUCCGGUUACUGAAUAUUGCUUGUGCUGCAAAGGCCAAGUGGCGACAGGUUGUGCUGCAAAAGGCUUCCCGUGAGUCCCCUCUGCAUUUCAGCCUUAAUGGAGGAAGUGAGAAGGGAUUUGGUAUUUUUGUUGAAGGAGUAGAACCUGGUAGCAAAGCUGCUGAUGCAGGAUUGAAACGUGGUGAUCAGAUAAUGGAAGUAAAUGGACAAAACUUUGAGAAUAUUACAUUCGUGAAGGCCCUUGAAAUUUUGAGGAAUAAUACUCAUCUUGCACUUACUGUAAAGACCAACAUUUUUGUGUUUAAAGAGUUACUUACUAGGACUGAACAAGAGAAAUAUGGUAUUCCUCAUAUUCCCAAAAUUGCUGAAAAAAAAAGUAAUCGUCAUUCAAUCCAGGAUGUACCAGGAGAUACUGAACAGACGUCACAGGAAAAAGGAAAUAAGAAAGUUAAAGCAAAUACUGUUUCCGGUGGAAGAAACAAAAUCAGGAAAAUUUUGGAUAAAACACGAUUUAGUAUCUUGCCUCCAAAACUAUUUAGUGAUGGAGGCCUGAGCCAAUCACAGGACGACAGCAUUUUGGGAACCAGGCACUGUAGACAUAGUCUGGCUAUAUUGCCUAUUCCUGGAACACUCUCAUCCAGCAGUCCCGAUCUCCUACAGCCUACCACCAGCAUGUUGGAUUUUUCCAAUACUUCAGAUAUUCCUGAUCAAGUUAUAAGAGUUUUCAAAGCGGAUCAACAAAGUUGCUACAUUAUCAUCAGUAAAGACACUACAGCUAAAGAAGUAGUUUGUCAUGCUGUUCAUGAAUUUGGUUUGACUGGCGCGUCUGACACACAUUCUCUCUGUGAAGUUUCUGUUACUCCUGAGGGUGUCAUAAAACAGAGAAGACUUCCAGACCAAUUCUCCAAAUUAGCUGAUAGAAUUCAACUCAAUGGAAGGUAUUAUUUAAAAAAUAACAUGGAGACAGAAACCUUAUGUUCAGAUGAAGAUGCUCAAGAACUAAUUAAGGAGAGCCAACUGUCAUUGCUGCAGCUCAGUACCAUUGAGGUGGCCACUCAGCUGUCAAUGAGGGACUUUGAUUUGUUUCGAAAUAUUGAGCCUACUGAAUAUAUUGAUGACCUUUUUAAGUUAGAUUCCAAAACAGGAAAUAUUCACUUGAAAGAGUUCGAGGACAUUGUAAACCAAGAGACAUUCUGGGUUGCCUCAGAGAUUUUAACUGAAUCAAAUCAGCUCAAACGAAUGAAGAUUGUUAAGCAUUUUAUUAAAAUUGCACUUCAUUGUCGAGAAUGUAAGAACUUUAAUUCCAUGUUUGCAAUAAUAAGUGGCUUGAACCUGGCACCUGUAGCACGACUCAGAGGUACUUGGGAAAAGUUACCAAGCAAAUAUGAGAAACAUCUCCAGGAUCUGCAAGACCUUUUUGAUCCAUCUAGAAACAUGGCAAAGUAUAGAAAUAUUCUUAGUAGUCAGAGCAUGCAGCCUCCGAUUAUUCCACUCUUCCCUGUUGUCAAGAAAGAUAUGACAUUUCUACAUGAAGGAAAUGACUCCAAAGUAGAUGGUUUAGUAAACUUUGAGAAGCUAAGAAUGAUUGCCAAGGAAAUCCGUCAAGUUGUUCGAAUGACUUCUGCUAACAUGGACCCCGCUAUGAUGUUCCGACAGAGGAAGAAGAGGUGGCGGAGUCUGGGGUCAUUGAGUCAAGGCAGCACAAAUUCAAACAUGCUAGAUGUUCAGGGAGUUGCUCACAAGAAAAGGUCACGUCGCAGCUCUCUACUUAAUGCCAAGAAGCUAUAUGAGGAUGCCCAAAUGGCAAGGAAAGUGAAACAGUAUCUUUCCAGUCUGGAUGUAGAGACAGAUGAGGAGAAGUUCCAGACGAUGUCACUGCAGUGGGAGCCUGCAUAUGGUACCUUGACCAAGAAUUUAAGUGAGAAAAAAUCAGCUAAAUCGUCCGAAAUGUCUCCGGUGCCUGUGAGGGCAGCUGGCCAAACAGCUAAAGCCCACUUGCAUCAGCCCCACAGAGUAAGCCAGGUGCUUCAGGUGCCAGCUGUGAAUUUGUACCCCAUCAGGAAGAAGGGACAAUCAAAAGAUUCUGCACUGAGUACAAGUUUACCUCAGAAAGUUUUAGGAACAACUGAAGAAAUGAGCGGUAAGAAACAUACAGAAGACACUGUUUCUGUGGCAUCAUCCUUACAUUCUAGUCCUCCUGCGUCUCCUCAAGGUUCCCCUCGGAAAGGUUAUACACUUAUACCAUCAGCUAAAUCUGACAACUUGUCUGACUCCAGUCAUAGCGAGAUUUCUUCCCGGUCCAGCAUCGUGAGCAAUUGUUCUGUUGACUCCAUGUCUGCAGUUCUACAGGAUGAGCGGUGUUCCUCUCAGGCCCUGGCAGUCCCUGAAUCCACAGGGGCAUUGGAAAAGACAGAGCACCCCUCAGGGAUAGGAGACCAUAGUCAACUUGGCCCUGGGUGGACAUUCUCAAAGUCGUAUCUAAUCAAGGGUUCAGCUGUCUCAUCUUCUGUGAGCAAUGAAGAGAUUUCUCAUGAGCAUAUCGUUAUAGAAGCAGCCGACAGUGGUCGUGGAAGUUGGACUUCCUGUUCAAGCAGCUCCCAUGACAAUUUCCAGAGUCUUACAAACCCCAAAAGCUGGGAUUUUUUGAACUCUUAUAGACAUACCCAUUUGGGUGACUCCAUUGCCGAAGUAGAACCCACUGACUGUGAGCCCUAUUCCUGUCCUAAAGGCUGCUCUAGAACUUGUGGUCAGUGUAAAGGAAACCUAGAGACUAAUCAAUUGAGACAGAGUUGGACGUCCUCCAGUUCUCUGUCUGACACAUAUGAACCAAACUAUGGGACAGUUAAACGGAAAGUGUUGGAGAGCACCCCAGGUGAGUCAUCUGAGGGACUGGACCACAAGGAUGCUGCUGACCCAGUUUAUAAAACUGUCACUUCAAGUACAGAAAAGGGCUUAAUUGUGUACUGUGUCACCUCACCCAAGAAGGACGAUAGGUAUAGGGAGCCACCUCCCACUCCUCCAGGAUAUAUGGGGAUUUCUUUAGCGGACCUAAAGGAAGGACCCCACCCGCACCUAAAACCUCCAGAGUAUAGUGUGGCAGUGCAGAGGUCAAAGAUGAUGCAUAGCAGCCUCUCUAGACUGCCACCAGCCUCUCUCAGUAGCAACCCUGUGGCCUGUGUUCCAUCGAAGAUUGUAACUCAGCCUCAGAGGCAUAAUUUGAAGCCAUCCUAUCCUAAACUAGCAGAUGUGACUGAUGCAGAUAGCGAAGCAGAUGAAAAUGAACAGGUUUCAGCAGUCUAGCUUUCGGAUGUGACCCAUUUUAAAGACCACUGAAUGUCAUGGAGGAGUGGGCAGAACCAUAUCAUGAUUCUGCAGCCCACUGCCAACAAACAGCUCACUGCUGCUUCUAACCCAGAGGCUUCAUUCCCUGUACUCUGAGCAAAUGAAAUAGACUUGAAUCAUGCUUCCUUUCAGUUAAACCCUGCAGAUGCAUCGUUUCUUCAGCUAUGGAUGCCAUGCCCAGAUACCAGUCUCUACUUUGCACGCCAGACCUGCCUUGGGACCACAAUCACAGGACAAAUUCAAACUCAGAGUUGUGCCCAUGUGUAUCACUGUAGAUUUUCCUUCACAAGUUAUUUUAAAGAUAGUGAUAUUAUUUCCAAGCCAUAGCUUGGGCUAAAGGACAAAUUCAAAAUGUCUGCCAAUACCAAGUAUAUUCUUAUGUUUUUGCAAAGUAACUUAUUAUUUGAAGUGUUGUGAUUUUGUUUGUGUUUGGGAGCUCUUGUUAGCUGAUGUUUGUGUUUGAGGCCAUAAAACUGUCUCUGGUCUGACCAAAAGAGUUAUCUUUACAGAGACAAUAUGCUUGAUCUAUACAGAGAUAUAACUCGCUCUAUAGCACCAGUGCAAUGUAUAGUCUCAGUAUGAGUGGGAUAGGAAGUCCUUUGCAGUUGAGGUGUUAGGAACCUGCUGAUCAUGGUGUAGAAGGCUAAGUGAAGCUGCCACAGGGUUUCUUGUCAGUCCUUUGGGAAAGGGAUACAGGAGUAGGAUGGGGUGGGUAGGAACCCUAAUUUCCAAAGAACAAAAUUUUGAUGUCAAAUGACGUGUAUACAAAUUCUUUCUGAAGUGAAAGUCAUGCUGCAUCUAAUUGUAACUAAAAUUAUAAAUCCAAUAAAUAGAGAAUGGGUUCUGAAGAGUUCUAAUCUAUAGAAACUCAAAACUAAAAAUUCUCACAAUUCAAGUAUGGAGUUCUUUUUUUUAAAGGAAGUAUAAUCAUAGGUGUUGUAAUGAUUAAGAUGAAUUUGACUUUAUGCAGUGUUCUGCAAACUUAACACCCCCACAUCUCACAGUGCCGGGUUGUAUCUGAUCUUGAUAAACACUGCAGCUCUCAGCUGCCUCAAUAGCCCACUAAGGUAUAAAAUUGGUUGAAAAUUUUGUGAAAGUAGAGCUGGAAUUAUAGAAGUGAUUUGUCUCUUGGUUCUCAGUUUGAGAUCACGAAUGAUUGUCCUUGAAAUGACAUACAUUUCCAGCCUCUUAGACAUGGCACUCUUAAUUAAAGUAGUGAAGUUUCAA